AUGGCAGUGUUAGACACAUUUUUAGACUGUGAUGACGCCAAACAAAACGGUAAAACGGAGUCUGGCCUGUAUAAUAUAUCCAUGUUAACCGCCGAUGAGACCUUUACGGAAAAGCAGGUUUUCUGCGACAUGGAAACAGACGGAGGCGGAUGGACGCCGCUUUAUCACAAUUUAGUUCGUUUUUCAAAGGCGCACAGAUGGGACUGUCGAUUUCAACAAAACUUAUGUCGAAUACCAAAAAUGGGUUUGGAGAUUCAGAAAAUGAAGUUUGGCUGGAUAGGAAACGAGAUCAUCUACUACUUGACAUCAAACGGUAGUCAUGAACUGAGGGUAGAACUAGAGGAUUUCGAGUCCAUCAGAACGUACGCACAUUACAUGCCUUUCGCCGUUGGAGAUCAAUCGACCAAAUACAGGCUAAACGUCUCAAACUAUUUUGGAACUGCAGACGAUGGACUUGCCUAUCAUAAUGGAUGUGGUUUCACAACGAGAUAUAACGAUAACCACUCAGCAAGAACAAACUGUGCCUUAUACUACGAAGGAGCGUGGUGGUACUAUGCCUGUAUUAAUUCCAAUUUAAACGUUCGGUACCUGGAAGGGCAGACGUCACAAUAUGGGAAAGGCGUGAUCUGGUUCUUCUUAGUGGUGAUUAGCUAAGGUAAAGUUGUUAUAUUUCAUAAACUUUUUGUAGGGUUAUCUGAAACGUGCCAGUUUCAUAAGAGUUUUAUAUGUACACUGAAUUUGUUUCUUGUGACAGUUAAUUUUAUAAUUAAACUUUAUUAAUUUGUACU